AUGGACGACAGGUUCUACACGAUCAUCUUCCCAGAUGAACGGAAUUUCCGUCCCUUCACCCCUGACUCUUUGGCUGCAAUCAAUAAGCGGAUCGCCAUCGAAAAGGAGAGAAAGAAAUCCAAAGAUCAGACAGCCACGGAGCCCAAGCUUCGGCCUCAGCUUGACCUAAAGGUCUCCAGGAAGUUGCCCAAGCUGUACGGCGACAUUCCCCCCGAGCUCGUAGCGAAGCCCCUGGAAGACUUGGACCCCUACUACAGAAAUCAUAAGACAUUUAUGGUGUUGAACAAAAAGAGAACCAUCUACCGCUUCAGUGCCAAGCAUGCCUUGUUCGUUUUUGGACCUUUCAAUCCAAUCAGAAGUUUAGCCAUUAGAGUUUUGAUUCAUUCAGUAUUUAGCGUGUUCAUCAUCUGCACGGUCACCGUCAACUGCGUGUUCAUGGCCAGCAUCCCUGCUAAGCACAACAGUGGCAAUGACAGUAACAUUCCUGAGUAUGUCUUCACUGGGAUCUAUAUUUUUGAAGCUUUGAUAAAAAUAUUGGCAAGAGGCUUUGUUCUGGAUGAGUUUUCUUUCCUUCGAGAUCCAUGGAACUGGCUGGACUCCAUUGUCAUUGCAACAGCGUUUGCAUCAUAUUUUCCAGCCACCAAAAUCAGUCUUUCAUCCUUGCGGACCUUUCGUGUGUUCAGAGCUUUGAAAGCGAUUUCAGUGGUUUCAGGUCUAAAGGUCAUUGUAGGCGCCUUGCUUCGCUCUGUGAAGAAGCUUGUUGAUGUGAUGAUCCUGACCCUCUUUUGCCUGAGCAUCUUUGCCUUGGUUGGUCAGCAGCUCUUCAUGGGAAGUCUGAACCAGAAAUGCGUCAGAAAGGACUGUCUAAAUGGAACUCUUUUUGAAGAUAAAGGCAAUUGUUUUGAAAAGAAAGGUAACUCUGCUGAAGACAAACUGUGUAGCAUCUUGGGGGAUAACAGUUCCUGUUCCGAACAAUUUACAUGCAGCCACACCAAAUACAAUCCUGACUAUGAUUAUACGAAUUUCGACAGCUUUGGCUGGUCUGUUCUUGCCAUGUUCCGGCUUAUGACCCAAGAUUCCUGGGAGAGGCUGUAUCGACAGGUCCUGCACGUCACUGGGUACUUCUCAGUCUUCUUCUUUGUGGUGGUCAUCUUCCUGGGCUCUUUCUACCUAAUUAACUUAACCCUGGCUGUCGUCACCAUGGCUUACGAGGAGCAGAACAGGAAUGUAGCUGCUGAGACAGAGGCCAAGGAGAAGCUGUUCCAGGAAGCCCAGAAGCUGUUACAGGAGGAAAAGGAGGCCCUGGUUGCCAUGGGAAUUGACAGAAGUUCACUUACUUCCCUUGAAGCAUCAUCUUUUGUCCCAAAGAAGAGAAAGCUAUUUGGUAGUAGAAAAAGGAAGCCUUCCUUUUUGAGAGAAUCUGGGAAAGACCAGGCUCCAGGAUCAGAUUCUGAUGAAGAUUCCAAGAAAAAGCCACGCCUCCUAGAGCAAACCAAACGGCUCUCCCAGAAUCUGUCGGUGGACCACUUCGACGAGAACAGAGACCCCUCGCAAAGGCAGAGGGCCCUGAGUGCUGUGAGCAUUCUCACCAUCACCAUUCAGGAACAAGAAAAAUCACAGGAGCCUUGCCUUUCAUGUGGGGAAAGCCUGGCAUCCAAAUACCUGGUGUGGGACUGUAGCCCCCAGUGGCUACGCAUUAAGAAGGUGCUGAGAACUGUGGUGACGGACCCCUUCACUGAGCUAGCCAUCACCAUCUGCAUCAUAGUCAACACUGUCUUCUUGGCCUUGGAGCAUCGCAGAAUGAAGGAAGACUUUAAGGACAUGUUGGCUACAGGCAAUAAGGUUUUCAGUGGCAUUUUUAUAGCAGAAGUGUGCCUCAAAAUCAUUGCACUCGAUCCCUACCACUAUUUCCAUGGAGGCUGGAACGUUUUUGACUUCGUGGUUGCCCUUCUGAGUCUUGCAGACGUGCUGACCUUUGACAAAUCAAUACCAGUCUUGCGUUCCUUCAGAGUGCUGAGGGUCUUCAAGUUAGCCAAAUCCUGGCCAACUUUAAACACGCUGAUUAAGAUAAUUGGGCAUUCCGUUGGCGCCCUGGGAAACCUCACCGUUGUCCUGGCCAUCGUUGUCUUUAUUUUCUCAGUAGUUGGCAUGCACCUUUUUGGCGCCCAGUUCAAUUCCACGAGGACUAAACAACCGUGUAGCUCCAAAGCGCCCUGUCAACGCCGCUGGCACAUGGAGAACUUCUACCAUUCCUUCCUGGUGGUGUUCCGUAUCCUCUGUGGGGAGUGGAUAGAGAGCAUGUGGGAGUGCCUGCAGGAGACAGGGUCCUACCUGUGCGUCUUCGUCUUCCUGCUGAUCAUGGUGAUAGGGAAGCUUGUGGUGCUCAACCUCUUCAUUGCCCUUCUGCUCAAUUCCUUCAGCAACGAGGAGAGAGACGGAAACUCGGAAGAAGGGGCCAAAAAAACCAAAGUCCAGCUGGCCCUCUCUCGGUUCCACCAGGCUUUUUGUUUUGUGAUGCAUACUGUUAGACAUUUCUUUUGCCACUGGUGCAGGAGGCCAAACUUACCAAGGCAAAAAGAGCUUAUAGGAAGCCCUGCUUCCAGGAGCAAAGACAUCAUUCCCCUGGUCGUAGAGACAAAAAUAGGCCCAGAGACCGGGGAGGAGUUUGGUGCACUGACCUCUCCACGAAAGGCCAUUGAUGAUGGAUAUGAACGGACUCGGCUGGCCCCACUUGCAGAGGAAGAAUAUGACAUCGAAUCUCCUGAUGAAGAUAAUGUACACCCUGACACACAACCUGAGACCGCGAAACAGGCCUAUGAACUCCAUCAGAAAACCCUGAAGUCUUCCAGCCCAGAAGUUCAAAGCGUGGAAAUUGACGUGUUCCCUGAAGAUGAGCAGGCGACAGUACACAAUCCCCGAAAGAAGUCUGAUGCUACCAGUGUGCUAUCCUACUGUAGCACCAUUGAUCCAGUAGAUCCCUUUAGGUGGCUACCUGAAAUGGUUCCCAAAAAGCAACCAGAGAGAUGUUUGCCCAAAGGCCUGGGUCACUGCUUUCCACGCUGCGGCAUGGACAAGGGAAGGCCCCUCUGGGUCACGUGGUGGAAGCUGCGGAAGACCUGCUACCAAAUAGUGAAGCACAGCUGGUUUGAGAGCUUUGUUAUCUUUGUGAUUCUGCUGAGCAGUGGGAUGCUGGUAUUUGAAGAUAUUCAUCUUAAGGAACAACCCAAAAUUCAGGCAUUACUUAAUUGUACUGACAGUAUUUUCACAUACAUUUUUAUCCUGGAGAUGGGUCUGAAAUGGGUGGCCUUUGGAUUUAGCAAGUAUUUCACCAGUGCCUGGUGCUGGCUGGAUUUCAUCAUUGUGAUUGUCUCUGUGACCAGCCUCAUCGACUUAAAGCCCUUAAAAUCCUUCCGUACUCUGCGAGCACUGAGGCCCCUUCGUGCGCUGUCCCAGUUUGAAGGAAUGAAGGUGGUGGUCAAUGCUCUCAUAGGUGCCAUACCUGCCAUUCUGAAUGUUUUGCUUGUCUGCCUCAUUUUCUGGCUGAUAUUUUGUAUCCUGGGAGUAAGCUUGUUUUGUGGAAAAUUUGAAAGAUGCAUUAAUAAAACAGAUAUGAACUCAGUUAUAGAUUAUGAAAUCAUUGCAAACAAAAGCCAGUGUGUCAGUAAAAAUUUCUCCUGGGUCAACCUGGACGUGAACUUUGACAAUGUGGGAAUGGCUUACCUCGCUCUGCUGCAAGUGGCAACAUUUAAGGGCUGGACAGAUAUCAUGUAUGCAGCUGUUGAUUUUAGAGGGGAUAUGCAACAGCCAAAGUUUGAGGAGAAUCAAUACAUGUACCUAUACUUCGUAGUUUUUAUCAUCUUUGGCUCAUUCUUCACUCUGAAUCUCUUUAUUGGUGUUAUUAUUGACAACUUCAACCAACAACAGAAAAAGAUAAGUGGCCAAGACAUUUUUAUGACGGAAGAACAGAAGAAAUACUACAAUGCAAUGAAAAAACUAGGAUCCAAAAAACCUCAAAAACCCAUUCCAAGGCCUCUGAACAAAUGCCAAGGUCUUGUGUUCGACCUAGUCACCAGCCAGGUCUUUGACAUCCUCAUCAUAAGUCUCAUUGUCCUAAAUAUGAUCAGCAUGAUGGUGGAAUCGGAAGACCAAAGUGAUGAUGUGGAAAGCACCCUUGAGACUCUCAACCUGGCCUUUGUGGCUAUCUUUACAGUGGAGUGUCUCAUCAAAAUCUUUGCUUUGAGGCAGUACUACUUCACCAACGGCUGGAAUUUAUUUGAUUGUGUGGUCGUGGUUCUUUCUAUUGUUAGUACAAUGAUUUCUUACUUGAAAAGCAAACAGAACAUUCCUUUUCCUCCAACGCUCUUCAGGAUUGUCCGCUUGGCUAGAAUAGGCCGAAUCCUGAGACUUGUUCGAGCAGCACGUGGAAUUAGGACUCUUCUUUUUGCUCUGAUGAUGUCACUUCCUUCUCUGUUCAACAUUGGUCUUCUGCUCUUUCUGGUUAUGUUUAUUUAUGCUAUUUUUGGUAUGAAAUAUUUUUCUGAAGUGAAACAAGAGUCUGGAAUUGACGACAUGUUCAACUUCCAAACAUUUGUCAGCAGCAUGCUGUGUCUCUUCCAGAUAACCACAUCGGCAGGCUGGGACACCCUCCUCAACCCCAUGCUGAAAACAAAUGACCCAUGUGACUUCUCCCUGGAGAACUGUUACCUCCCUGCCAUAGCCAUAGCCUACUUCGUCAGCUACAUCAUCAUCUCUUUUCUCAUUGUGGUCAACAUGUACAUCGCUGUGAUUCUAGAGAACUUCAAUACAGCCACUGAAGAAAGUGAGGACCCUUUGAGUGAAGAUGACUUUGAAAUAUUCUACGAAGUCUGGGAAAAGUUUGAUCCAGAAGCGACACAGUUCAUCAGAUAUUCUGCCCUUUCUGACUUUGCCGAUGCCCUGCCUGAGCCUUUGCGUGUGGCAAAACCAAAUAGAUUUCAAUUUCUAGUGAUGGACUUACCCAUGGUGAGUGGGGAUCGUCUGCACUGUAUGGAUGUUCUCUUCGCUUUCACCACUAGGGUGCUUGGUGACUCCGAGGGCCUGGAUAGCGUGAAGGCAAUGAUGGAGGAGAAGUUCAUGGAAGCCAACCCUUUCAAGAAGUUAUAUGAACCCAUAGUCACCACCACCAAGAGGAAAGAAGAGGAAAGAUGUGCUGCUGUUAUUCAAAAGGCCUUUCGAAGGUACAUAACGAUGACCAGGAGUGCCUUGGAAGACAGGCCUCACCCACCACUCCAGACACUCUGCAAUGGAGAUUUGUCCAGCUCAGGGGUGACUGAGGGCAAGGUCCACUAUGACUGA